AUCUAUUACUAUAGCGGAUCUACUGAGCUUUAUCACACCAAUCAAUAUCCGUAUAGUUUGUAAAUUAAAGCUUUUAGUAAAACACCGAUUUUUAUAUUUUGAUUUUUAUUUUUGGAUUUCUCCAAAAUGAGAAUACAUUGGAAAUAAUGAAAACAUUACCUGGGUAUUUAUGUAGUAAAGAACAACUUAUAAGUCGACCUGAUGAAGAAAAAACAAUGAAGUGUGAAAUCUGUGUUAAACGGUUUUCUUGCAAAGAUAAUUUGAACAAACAUAUGGGAACACAUAUCAGUCAAAUUUUCCAAUGCAAAGUUUGUUUUAAGCAGUUUUCACAGAUAAGUUCUUUAAAAACACAUUUGAGAACGCACACGAGAGAAAAGCCUCACAAGUGUGAAAUAUGUUUUAAGGAAUUUUCUGCAAUAGGGCAUUUAAAAAAUCAUUUGAGAACGCACACAGGAGAAAAACCUCACAAGUGUGAAAUUUGUUUUAAGCAAUUUACAGAUGCAGGUAAUCUAAAAACACAUUUGAGAACGCACACGGGAGAAAAACCUUAAAGUGCGAAACUUGUUUUAAAGAAUUUUCUGUAUUAUCAAAUUUAAAACAACAUUUGAGAACGCACACGGGAGAAAAACCUCAUAAGUGUGAAAUUUGUUUUAGGGGGUUUUGAGAACGCACACAGGAGAAAAAUCUCACAAGUGUGAAAUUUGUUUUAAGCAAUUUACUGAUGCAGGUAAUCUAAAAACACAUUUGAGAACGCACACGAGAGAAAAACCUUACAAGUGCGAAACUUGUUUUAAAGAAUUUUCUGUAUUAUCAAAUUUAAAACAACAUUUGAGAACGCACACGGGAGUAAAACCUCAUAAGUGUGAAAUUUGUUUUAAGCAAUUUACUGAUGCAGGUAAUCUAAAAACACAUUUGAAAACGCACACGGUUGAAAAACCUUACAAGUGCGAAACUUGUUUUAAAGAAUUUUCUGUAUUAUCAAAUUUAAAACAACAUUUGAGAACGCACAGAGGAGAAAAACCUAACAAGUGUGAAAUUUGUUUUAGGGGGUUUUCUUGCUUUAGCGCAUUUAAAAAAACAUUUGAGAACGCACACAGGAGAAAAACCUCACAAGUGUGAAAU